CACCCUCCCCUUCUCCCUUCUCCCUUCUCCCUUCUGACUCCCCCCUCCUCUCAAUUGGAUUUAACGGGGCUUUGAAUUCCGUCGUCUUCUGCGUCUGGGUCGAUCUUGUGAGAGAGAGGAGGGCGGCGAGAAGGGAUGUCGUGACUGGGAGAUUUGGUGGGCGGCCGGUGAGGUUCGUAAGUUCGGAGGGAUCGAAGCGUUGAGCCCUCCGUUCCUCUUUGGGUGUUUCUGCCUUCAGAUUCAAGAGAUUUGAGUUCAACGUCUUGACCAUCUUUUCACUCCGACACAAGUGGGCUGCCAUAUUACCUCCUUGGUGGUUCUGUCUAUCCUAUUCUGUGCCGUUUCUGGCGUUGGUUAGACUAGAUGUCGUUCCGUAGUAUAGUUCGAGAUGUGCGGGAUAGUUUUGGGAGCUUGUCAAGGCGUAGUUUCGAAGUGAGACUUUCAAGUCUUUCUGGGCAUCUCCGGGGUAAAUCUCAAGUGUUUGUGCCUGAGCCACAUGACACACCUCCAGUUAUCCAGUCAAGUCGCUGGGCUAGCCUUCCACCUGAGCUACUUCGGGAUGUGAUUAAAAGAUUGGAGGCAAGUGAAGGUACCUGGCCAUCUCGUAAGGAUGUUGUCGCCUGUGCAGCUGUGUGCAGAGCUUGGAGGGAGAUGUGCAAAGAGAUAGUAAGAAGUCCCGAGUUUUGUGGGAAGCUCACUUUUCCAAUAUCAUUGAAACAGCCUGGAACCCGAGAUGGAAUGAUUCAAUGUUUCAUCAAGAGGGACAAGUCGAAAUUAACUUAUCAUCUAUAUCUGUGUCUUAGCCCUGCUGUGCUGGUUGAGAAUGGGAAGUUCCUUCUAUCAGCUAAAAGGAUCCGUAGGACAGCUUGUACUGAAUAUGUUAUCUCAAUGGAUGCCAAUAACAUAUCACGAUCGACCAACACGUACAUUGGGAAGUUGAGGUCAAAUUUUCUCGGUACAAAGUUCAUAAUUUAUGACACACAGCCUCCAUAUAAUGGGGCUGCCAUCUGCCCGCCUGGACGAACAAGCCGCAGAUUUUAUUCCAAGAAAGUGUCUCCUAAAGUCCCAUCGGGCAGCUACAGCAUAGCUCAGGUGACAUAUGAGCUGAAUGUCCUUGGCACCAGAGGACCACGUCGAAUGCAUUGCGUUAUGCACUCUAUUCCUGCCUCAGCCCUUGAGCCUGGUGGCACAGUUCCUGGCCAGCCUGACAGCCUUGUUUCACGCUCCCUGGAGGAGUCCUUCCGCAGCAUGUCCUUCUCCAAGUCCAUCAUGGAUCGUUCCAUGGACUUCAGCAGCUCUCGCUUCUCUGAUAUCAUAGGAGGAACUCAAGAGGGGGAUGAAGGCGGAGAGGCCAAGGAGAGACCACUGGUUCUCAGGAACAAACCCCCCAGGUGGCAUGAGCAGCUGCAGUGCUGGUGCCUAAAUUUUCGUGGUCGGGUCACUGUUGCCUCAGUGAAGAACUUCCAGCUCAUCGCUGCAUCACAGCCCGCCGCUGGGGCACCUACACCAUCUCAGCCAGCACCAUCCGAGCAUGAUAAGAUUAUACUGCAGUUUGGCAAGGUUGCAAAGGAUAUGUUCACGAUGGAUUAUCGCUACCCACUCUCGGCGUUCCAGGCAUUCGCAAUCUGUUUGAGUAGCUUCGACACCAAGCUGGCUUGUGAAUAGAACAAUGAGAAUAGAUAAUAUCUACAUCAUGGUCACUCUGUUAUCGAUUCCUCAUGGCUGUUGAUGCACUAGUUGUGACCUGCAACCCAUUUCUUGGAGCACUAACCUGCUUCCUGAUCAGUCUCAAGCUUCUCCAGCCGCUCUGCAUGAAGCAGUGAACUGAUAACUCCACCAGAUUCUUCAUGUUUGUGUAGAAUUCUGUCUAGAUCAAGGCUUUGUUUAGUAGGCACAACAUUGAACCUUUAUGGAGAGAUCGGUUGGUACUAUUUUUCUUCCUUCUGUCUUGAUCUCCCUCAUGAAUCCAUUGACUUUUUAUUCUUCUUCCA